AGACCGUGUAAUAGAGGAGGAGGAGACUUGGUGAGGUCAGUUACUCAUGAGGGACCGGAGGGCUGGGGGGGGACGUGCAAUUCAUUAUGGGACUCGUGCGAAGAGGAGCAGCAUGAUGGUUGCAGCGUGUUCAGGGGAGAAGAGGCGAAGAAAGGGUUCUGGUAGCCUUCGCCCUCAGCCCACUCCUGACAGCGAGGAUGAAGAUGACAUUUCCAUGAGCUCCUUUGGCAUUGCUGUCCGAGGCCUCCCCCUGGUCAUGGCGUCCAUGACGCAAGCCACCAACUCUGACGCACGCUUCCACCUGAAAUGGCGGGCGAUCACCGUGGCGACCCUGCUGGCUCUGGUGCUCAUUUUAUAUCUGCACCGGACACUGGGGGACAGAGACACUUCGCCCAAAGGUCACUACCGCAAUAGGCAUCAAAGGCCCGGCGAUGACAUGGAGGACAUCUUUACGGGCAACAGACUGACUGUGCGAAGCUUCCAAAGGAAUAAAAAACCUUACAAUGACACUUACCCGUUAAGUCCACCAGAGAAGACGCCACAUGGUAUCCGCUACCGUAUAGGCGUGAUAGCAGACCUGGACACGGCGUCACGGAGCACUAAGGCUCAGACGUGGUUUAGCUACAUGAAAAGAGGUCACCUCACUGUUUCGGACAGCGGCGACAGGCUGGAGGUGGAAUGGGAUGACGAGAUGGUGACCCUGGAGAGCCAUCUAGCCGAGAAAGGGCGAGGUAUGGAGCUGUCUGAGCUGGUGGCAUUCAACGGCCACCUGUACAGCGUGGAUGACCGCACGGGUGUGGUGUACAGGAUCGAGGGAAGCCAGGCCAUCCCCUGGGUUAUUUUACCCGAUGGUGACGGCUCCGUCUCCAAAGGAUUCAAGGCCGAGUGGCUUGCGGUGAAGGACGAGCACCUGUUCGUCGGAGGCCUGGGGAAGGAGUGGACCACGACCUCUGGGGAAGUGCUCAACAAUAAUCCAGAGUGGGUGAAAGUCGUGGGCUACGGCGGUGACGUAGUGCAUGAAAACUGGGUGCCAAAGUACAACGCCCUGCGGAGCGCAGCGGGAAUCAAACCACCAGGCUACCUUAUCCAUGAAUCAGCAGCUUGGAGUGAGCAUCUCCAGCGCUGGUUCUUCCUCCCUCGCCGUGCCAGUCACGAACGCUACGAAGAGACGGCGGACGAGCGCCGUGCCACCAACCUCCUCCUGUCCUCCCCCGCGGACUUCAACCACAUCGCCGUGCGGCAGGUGGGGCCACUCCACCCCACCCACGGCUUCUCCUCCUUUAAAUUUGUCCCCGGCACGGACGACCAGAUCAUCCUCGCCCUUAAAUCAGAGGAGGACGCGGGCAAGAUCGCCACCUACAUCACUGCAUUCACACUAGACGGUCGGGUCCUGAUGCCCGAGACGAAGAUAGGAGACGUGAAAUAUGAAGGGCUGGAGUUUAUUUGAAAGCAGCAGAGCUGAAGGCGCAGCAGGUGAAAAGAAGUGGACUAUUACAUUCCCUUUCAAUUUUACUGUGAAUCAUUUGACCCAAAAUAAUGAUUGAAAGAUGAAACGGUUUCUUAAAAUCAGAAAAGUAGAAUAUACAUCCAAAAUGGCUAUCAAACCCUUUUAGUUGGCCACAAUAAUCCUACCCAGAAACCGUUCUUGAUCCUCCGAUUAUUGGAGCUGCUCUCAAACCAGUUCUCCUGCCAGAGAGCCUGUUCUUCGACUGUCAAAACAUGAACAAGUAGUUUGAGUUUAGACACUGGCUCCAAACCGGUUCUCGAACUGCCUUGGUGGAAAAGGGGUCGGCUGUUAGUCGGCCAACACCUGAAGGUUUUUAAUGUUUUUAAAAUCAUAACUACUUCAUAUCAGCACUGCUAGAACUUUGUCAAGCAGCGGGAAAUGUGGGUCUUCUUUCCUGCAGCCACACUCUGCUGGUUAAACACUCAGGGGAACAAGGUUUAAGAGUGUAAAAAAACAAAACAUAAAUGAAUGUCUUUACUUUACUUGAAAUAGGCUCACUCAUUGCUCUGUGUUUCAUUUUCCUGUUUGGACGUACUGAACUCUCUCUUAUUAUAGUGAUGUAAUGGGUCCAGUCAUCACUCGGUGGAUAUCUACUACUCUAUAAACAAUAAUCCUGGGGAGGUGCUACACAAAUGUUGAUUCACAUAUGUUAAUUACUGAAUACUCGAUCUGGGGCGGUGUUUAGCUCAGUGGGUGGAGCACCCCUCCAUGUUUUGAGGCUACAAUCCUGGCUGCAGACGGCCCCCGGUUCUAAUCCCGCACCGAGCGGCCUCUGUGUGUCAUGUCAUUCCCCCUCUCUCUGCCUCCCUGUUUCCUGUCUAUCUCCACUGUCCUAUCAAUAAAGGCAAAAAGCCCAAAACAAAAAAACAAAGGAAUACUCAAUCUGCCAGAGAACACGUGAUACACCAGCUGUUUUAUUGUAAAGAUGAACCGUUAAUAAUCUUAAUUAAUAUAUUCCUGUUGUAUCCUCUCAGAAUGAUUAAAAUUCCUUCACUUGUUUAAACGUCA